AUGGGAGAGAAGAAAGUUUUGAGUCUUGUGAUGUUUGUUAUGGCUUAUGGUUUGGCAGUGACAACAUUGACAGCAUCUGAAGGUAGGUCAGAAUGCAGUGGCUAUGAACCAUUAACUUUCCAAUGUGGUAGUUAUUUGAUAAGCCGAGACCCCAUGAGUACUCCAUCUGAUUAUUGUUGUGAUGGAGCAAGGGUAGGGUUUCAAUUAGCCAACACUCCUAAAGCUAUCAAAAAUCUUUGUACUUGUUUUGUGAAGCUUAUACCAUAUGUGCACUUACAGCCUCAGAAAAUCGUACAGCUUCCAAAAGCAUGCAACAUCACACUUCCCUUCGAUAUAGAGAAAUGUAUACAUGGUCAAACCAUUUAG